AUGAAGGUCGCAUUGUGUCUCCUCCUCGCUGUGGCCACGGCCCGUGCGGCUAUCUGGUGCCCUCCAAAUGCUUGCGAGAACCUGGAGUGUGAAAACGCCUUAUUGCAGGCGCGAGACUGUGGCGCAGAUCGGUUUGAGCAGAAUGGUGGUGUGUGUGGAUGUUGCCCAACGUGCAUCUCCCAGUUGAAGGUUGACGAGGACUGCUCAGCGCUGAUGCUCCUCGGUGGCGUGCCAAAAUCUGAAUGUGAAGGAAACCUUCAAUGUGACUGGAACACCAAGAAGUGUGCCUACCGCUGCAAAGAAGAACACGCCUCUUCCCAAGCUGCUCUCAGUGGUCCACGACCAAUGCUGGGGACCUUCGUGCCAAGAUGUGAAGCUGACGGCAGCUACUCCGCCUACCAGUGUCAGGGAUCACAGUGUUAUUGUGUGAGCAAGGACGGUGCUACCAUCAGCGGUUAUUCCGUAAACAGGUGGGAGGUCGACGGCAUGAACUGCAACUGCGCCCGCGAUGCUGCUGAAUACAAGAAGCUUGGUAUCGUUGGUCAAAUGUUCAACUGUGCAAGCAAUGGGAACUACGAGAAGGUCCAGUGCCAAGGGUCCGUGUGCUUCUGCACGGAUGAGAACGGCAAACAACUCCUCGGAGCACAGGCUGUCCAUAUCGCACAGUCCAGUACUCUAAGCUGUUAGCAUUUGCGAAGCUCUUCGAUUGAAUCCACUCACGUUGCCUCCCUUCCGAAAGCUUCCGCAAGGCAAAACACUCACGAUUCACAUCCGAAGACUUAUGUUUGCAGUAUAAUACAAUUUUCUGGAUUUUUAGUAAAUAAAGCACAUUUAACAACAA